AGAGGCAGGGACCCUGCAGGCCAGCAGGGAACUGGCAGCCUCCUAGGAGUACUGGGAACCCCAUUCCUUCACAGUGUGGUCUGCGUGCUCCCUACAUCUGGAAGAGUUCCAGGGCUGGCCUCCCCUCCACAACUGAGGCACACAGCAUCAUGAGCUGGUCAAGGCACGUGGGCAAGAUUCGGAAACGUCUCGAAGAUGCCAAGAAGCAGUGGGUCCGGCCGGCCAGAGCUGACUUUAGUGACAAUGAAAGUGCCCGACUGGCCACCGAUGCCCUCUUGGAUGGGGGUCCUGAGGCUUACUGGCGGGCUCUCAGCCAGGAAGGCGAAGUGGACUUCCUGUCUUCAGUGGAGGCCCAGUACAUCCAAGCCCAGGCCAAGGACCCCCCCUGUGCCCCAGAUCCUACAGGAGGGACAGAGGCAGGCCCCAUGGGACUCGAUUCCUGUUCUCUCCAGUCAGGUACCUACUUUCCUGUGGCCUCGGAGGGCAGUGAGCCAGCUCUGCUGCACACCUGGACCUCUGCUGAGAAGCCUUACCUGAAGGAAAAGUCCAGCGCCACUGUGUACUUCCAGACAGACAAGCACAACAACAUCAGAGACCUCAUACGCCGCUGCAUCUCCCGGACCAGCCAGGUCCUGGCCAUCCUGAUGGAUGUGUUCACAGAUGUAGAGAUCUUCUGUGACAUUCUAGAAGCAGCCAACAAGCGUGGGGUAUUCGUCUGUGUGCUCCUGGACCAGGGAGGUGUAAAGCUGUUCCAAGAGAUGUGUGACAAAGUCCAGAUCUCUGAUGUUCAUCUCAAGAACAUUUCCAUCCGGAGUGUGGAAGGAGAGGUAUACUGUGCCAAAUCAGGCAGGAAAUUUGCUGGCCAAAUCCAGGAGAAGUUCAUCAUCUCAGAUUGGAGAUUUGUCUUGUCUGGAUCAUAUAGCUUCUCCUGGCUCUGCGGACAUGUGCACCGGAACAUCCUUUCCAAGUUCACCGGCCAAGCAGUGGAGCUAUUUGAUGAGGAGUUCCGGCGCCUCUAUGCCUCCUCCAAGCCCCUGAUGGGCCUGAAGUCCCCCAGGCUGGUCACCAGGCUCCAGCCUGGCAAGGUCCCCGACGCCCCCAAUGGCCGCCUCAGUAGCAGCAGAGGCUCGGCCAGUGACCGCACAUCCUCCAACCCUUUCAGCAGCCUGUCCAGAGGCAGCAACCCCCACAACUACAGUGUGUCCACGUCGUCAGGGCCGGGCAGUCCCCUGGCCCCGAUCCCCACCUCCGUUCCCAGGCUUCAGCCCUACCACAGCCCCUGGAAAGCCGCAGCCCCACAGGCCCUCCUUGUCCCCAUAAGGCCCCACGAGGGAGCACCUGCUCCCUACAGCAGCCUCGCGGCCUAUGGGCCCACACGGCUGCAGCUGCAGCAACUUGGCCUGGUGCCCAGAGUGACCCACCCCUGGAGGCCUUUUCUACAGGCUUUGCCUCAUUUCUGAAGGGACACAGGACACGAGAUACACACACACACACACACACACACACACACACACACACACACACUGUCCUCCCUGGGGCUAGGGGUGGGCAUUGUUGGAUUUUCUGGCUCAAAGGCAGCACUGUAAGGACCAGUAGCAUUGAACUUGAUUUCCCUUUGAGCUAAAAGCACUGGGAAGAAAUCACUGCCUACCUUUAGAAUGUCCCCAGGCCUGAGACUAUUCUCUUCCCAAAUUGCAUCAGUUUCUGAGUUUCCCUCUGUGGUUUGGCCUAAUCAACCUAUUCUAGAAAGUUCCAGGGAAGAAGUGAGGAGACCUCAAAGACAAAAUCUGGUAAGAAAUUUUCUUCCAAAGACCAUCCAGCACUUUGUAUUAAUGUCUCCAUAAUGUAGAAAUGCCCAUAAUGUAGAAAUGUCUAGGUUUUGCAAACAGGUAGGCUGAGGCACAGAGAUGUAACUGAGAGCCAAGCACUUCUGUUUCCCAGAUCCCAGGAACGCUCUAUGCCCCAAAGACCCAGAAAGGAAAGAUUUAGGAAAGCAGGAGGUACAUUACAUUCUGUAUAUUUCUGGCAGGAAACUCCAGCUCCCCACUCCCCACUCCACCCCCCACCCUCCAGGAAAAGGUAAAAUUGGUGUUUCCCUGGGUACUGGACCCAUUGGGGAUUAGGGGGUGAAACCCCAGAAGGUGUGUGUGGGGUUGCCCAAAGCUGUGGCUAUCAGGAAUGAGACAACCCACGGAGCCUGGGGGUGCAGUUCCACAAGGGCUUUUAAGUGUUGUUGGUUUAUUUCUAUUGCUGUUUUGAUUAAAUAAAAAACCCUGACAAAGAGCAACUUAAGGGAGAAUGGAGUUUAUUUCAGCUUGCAAUUCCACGUUACAGUACAUCGUUGUGGGGAAGUCAAGGCAGGAACUUCAAGCAGCUGGCCACAUCACAUCCAGUCAAGUGCAGAGGGUAAUGAAUCCAUGCGCGCUCACCUGCUUGCUUGUGUUCACUCAGCUCAGUUUCUCCGCUAUUAUACAGUUCAAGAUCCAUUUCCUAGGGAAUGGUGCUGCCUACAGUAGGCUAGUGUGCUGGAUAGCUUUAGUGUCAACUUGACACA